AUGCCUGUGCCAGACCAACCAUCGUCCUCUGACAAGACAAGUUCCCUUAGCCCUGUCCUGAAUACAUCCAAUGGAGAUGGAUCUGAAACAGAGACCACAUCUGCAAUUCUGGCUUCAGUUAAAGAACAAGAGUUACAGUUUGAAAGACUUACAAGAGAACUUGAGGCCGAACGCCAGAUUGUGGCCAGCCAGCUGGAGAGAUGUAAACUUGGAUCUGACACUGGAAGCAUGAACAGCAUUAGUUCAACUGAAGAACAGUUUCAUUGGCAAACACAAGAUGGUCAGAAGGAUAUAGAAGAUGAACUCACAACUGGUCUUGAACUUGUGGACUCUUGUAUUAGAUCACUACAAGAGUCAGGAAUACUUGAUCCACAGGACUAUUCAACUAGUGAAAGGCCCAGCCUUCUAUCCCAGAGUGCACUUCAGCUCAAUUCCAAACCUGAAGGGUCUUUCCAGUAUCCAUCUAGCUACCAUAGCAACCAGACCCUUGCCCUCGGUGAAACAGCAGCAUCCCAGCUCCCAUCCCGCGGCAAUCAAGCCAGAACUGCUAUACAGAACUAUAGCCAGGGCCGGACAAUCCAGGAGCACCCUCCUCCUCCUCCUCUUCCUCCUGCUGCUGCUGCUCAGCCUCUGCCGCGGGAGUCCUUCUUGCCCAGCCAUGGCAGCGCCUUCCACUUGCCGGACUCCUCCGCCGCCGCCGCCGCCCCCUCCUGCUCCUCCUCGGCUCAGCAGCAGCCCCACUCCUCGCCGGCCCUCUACUACUCCAGCUCCACGCUGCCGGCGCAGAGGGUGAGCUCGCCGCUCUCCAUGCAGCACCAGCCCCUGGGCUCCCCGACCAAGCUCCAGCGAGCCGGAUCGGCCUCCGAGGGCGGCGGCGGCGGCAUCUACAGCACCACGCAGCGGGUCUCCUGCUCCUCGUCCUCCUCCUCGCCCAAGGCCUCCCCCAGCCGCCUGGCCAAGUCCUACAGCACCAGCUCGCCCAUCAACAUCGUGGUCUCCUCCACGGCGGGGCUGGCGCCCUCCCCGGCCAGGCUCACCUCGCCGCCGGCCUCGGGCUGCUGCUCCUCCUCCUCGCCCUCGCCCCUCCACCAGCUCAGCUCCACCCUCGGCGCCUACGCUACCCUCUCGCCCACCAAGAGGCUGGCACACCCGCCCGGCCCCGAGCAGUACUCCGGCGGCAGCAAGCACGGCGCCCCCACCGAGCUCUACGCCACCGCCAGCCUCCAGAGGCCCGGCAGCCUCGCCGCUGGAUCCCGGGCUUCUUACACCAGCCAACAUAGCCACUUGGGCUCUGAUUUAAGGGCGUUGCAGUCUCCAGAGCACCACAUAGAUCCUAUUUACGAAGACAGAGUAUAUCAGAAACCCCCUAUGAGGAGUCUCAGCCAGAGUCAGGGGGACCCUCUUCAACCAGCACAUACAGGCACAUAUCGCACUAGCACAGCCCCAUCUUCCCCUGGUGUCGACUCCGUACCCUUACAGCGCACAGGCAGUCAACACGGCACACAGAAUGCAACAGCGACCUUCCAGAGGGCCAGCUAUGCAGCAGGCCCAGCCUCCAAUUACGCAGACCCCUACCGACAGCUGCAGUAUUGUCCUUCUGUUGAAUCACCAUACAGCAAAUCUGGACCAGCCAUCCCACCUGAGGGAACCUUGGCUAGGUCACCUUCAAUUGAUAGCAUUCAAAAAGAUCCCAGAGAGUUUGGAUGGAGAGAUCCAGAACUUCCAGAAGUUAUCCAGAUGUUACAGCAUCAGUUUCCCUCAGUACAAUCCAAUGCCGCUGCCUAUUUACAGCAUCUCUGCUUUGGAGACAAUAAAAUAAAAGCCGAGAUAAGGAGACAAGGGGGAAUACAAUUGCUGGUGGACCUAUUGGACCAUCGGAUGACAGAAGUCCACCGUAGUGCCUGUGGAGCUCUGAGGAACUUGGUGUAUGGGAAGGCCAAUGACGACAACAAAAUUGCUUUGAAAAACUGUGGGGGUAUUCCAGCAUUAGUACGAUUACUCCGCAAGACCACAGAUUUGGAAAUCAGAGAACUUGUCACAGGAGUUCUCUGGAAUCUAUCUUCUUGUGAUGCACUAAAAAUGCCAAUUAUCCAGGAUGCUCUUGCAGUUUUGACCAAUGCAGUGAUCAUCCCUCAUUCGGGAUGGGAAAACUCCCCACUCCAGGAUGACCACAAAAUACAACUUCAUUCAUCACAGGUGCUGCGCAAUGCCACUGGGUGCCUAAGGAAUGUCAGCUCUGCUGGAGAAGAAGCCCGCAGAAGAAUGCGAGAGUGUGAUGGACUUACUGAUGCAUUGCUGUAUGUGAUUCAGUCUGCUUUAGGAAGCAGUGAAAUUGAUAGCAAGACCGUUGAAAACUGUGUGUGCAUUUUAAGGAACCUCUCAUACAGACUCGCUGCAGAAACAUCUCAGGGACAGCAAAUGGGUACCGAUGAACUUGAUGGUUUACUUUGUGGUGAUGCCAAUGGAAAAGAUGCGGAAAGUUCAGGAUGCUGGGGCAAAAAGAAGAAGAAAAAGAAAUCUCAAGACCAGUGGGAUGGAGUCGGUCCUCUUCCUGACUGUGCAGAACCACCAAAAGGAAUCCAGAUGCUGUGGCAUCCAUCCAUAGUCAAACCCUACCUCACACUUCUCUCUGAGUGCUCAAAUCCAGAUACUUUGGAAGGGGCAGCAGGUGCACUACAGAAUCUGGCUGCAGGUAGCUGGAAGUGGUCAGUAUAUAUCCGUGCUGCAGUACGGAAGGAAAAAGGUCUGCCAAUCCUGGUAGAGCUCCUUCGAAUAGACAAUGACCGAGUAGUAUGUGCGGUUGCAACAGCUUUACGGAAUAUGGCCUUAGAUGUCCGAAAUAAGGAGCUAAUAGGCAAGUAUGCCAUGCGGGACCUGGUUCAUCGGCUUCCAGGAGGUAACAACAGUAACAGUUCAGCAAGCAAGGCCAUGUCUGAUGAUACCGUUACUGCCAUUUGUUGCACUUUGCAUGAGGUCAUCACAAAGAACAUGGAGAAUGCCAAGGCCUUACGGGAUGCAGGAGGAAUUGAAAAGCUUGUUGGCAUUUCCAAGAGUAAAGGAGACAAGCACUCACCAAAAGUAGUGAAGGCAGCAUCUCAGGUCUUAAAUAGCAUGUGGCAGUACAGAGACCUGAGAAGUCUCUACAAGAAGCGGGUGGCCCCAGACUUCAGAGUGGCUGAGGACAGAGGAUUUUCACCUACCCAUCAUUCUGAGUCAUGGCACGCUCAGCAUACCCUCUCCCAGAACCAAGAAACCAGAAUCUAUUCCCAAACCCAGGAUGGAUGGUCACAGUAUCACUUUGUAGCUUCAUCGUCAACAAUAGAGAGGGACCGGCAAAGGCCGUACUCUUCAUCACGCACCCCUUCCAUCUCUCCAGUGCGCAUGUCUCCCAACAAUCGUUCAGCAAGUGCCCCAGCCUCGCCUCGAGAAAUGAUCAGUUUAAAGGAAAGAAAAACAGACUACGAGUCCACUGGAACAAAUGCUACUUACCAUGGAAGUAAAGGAGAACACACAUCUAGGAAAGACACAAUGACAGCUCAGAACACUGGAAUCUCUACUUUGUACAGAAAUUCUUACGGUGCACCUGCUGAAGAUAUUAAACACAACCAGGUCUCAACACAGCCAGUUCCACAGGAGCCCACCAGAAAAGAUUAUGAACCAUAUCAGCCAUUUCAGAAUGCAACAAGAAACUAUGAUGAGUCCUUCUUUGAGGAUCAAGUGCAUCACCGCCCACCUGCAAGCGAGUAUAAUAUGCAUCUGGGACUCAAGUCUACUGGCAACUACGUCGACUUCUAUUCAGCCGCCCGGCCCUACAGUGAACUCAAUUAUGAAACAAGCCACUAUCCAGCAUCUCCAGAUUCCUGGGUUUGAGAUUUGGGCAAGAGGGGGAGGGAAGCUCCAGGAACUGUGCAUGUGCAUGCAUACCACGAGACAUUCUUUUCCUGCAAAUUUAGUUUGUUAAAGCCUGUUCCAUAGGAAGGCCCUGAUAAUCAGUGUGGAAAAAACAUUAAGAUACCUUUUAGAUGGCUAAAAGAAUUGGAAGUUAAGCACGGGAGUGUCAUUAGGAAGGAGGCAAUGUAUAUCUAUUUCUGUAUCUAUAUAAUCCUGUCUCUCUAUAUAUAGAUAUAGAAAUAUAUUGUGUAGGGAGGCAACUUUGCAGUUGACCUUGUAUGUAGAGUUUAAAACAAAUAGUGCUGUACAUUGAAUGUGGCUGAAGGGAAUAGGGGAAAGUACAACAGCUGAAGUGGGUCCAGAGUUAAGCACAAGAAAAUGAACAGUUUACAAACCUUAGGGGGAACAGCUUCUCACACUUUGUUUCCUCUCCUCAUCCAUUGUGAAUCUAGGCUUCAAGUUGCAUUUGGGGUUUCCUCUGUACAGCAAGAUGUUUCUUGCCUUUUGUUAAUGCAUUGUUGUAAAGUAUUUGAUGUACAUUACAGAUUUAAAAGAGAGAGAGAGAGAGAGAAGUGCAUUGUGUAUAUUACACCAAUGCCACAGUGUUUCUUCAUCUAUGGUUCUAAAUAUUGCUUCAAUUUCAAAACUUUGAAAUAUGUAUGAAUUUCCAGGGGUGGGGGAGGGGAUGUUUCUCUUUUCUUUUUCUUUUCUGUUCUUUUCCCCAGUGCGUUUUAACAAAAGAAAACAAAAAACAGAAUAUUUAGCAGUAUUGUUCGUUCUGAUAUGUGAAUUUGUUUGUGGCAACUAAAAAAAAGGCAUUCAGCAGUUUCUGACAAUUAACAUUCAUCAUUCCACACUCCUUGUCAACAAAGUGCUUUUUCACUGCCUAAAAUUUUAGAUGUAGAUAUUUGAAAUAGAUUUUUUCAUUUAUACCAGUUUUCUUUAUGAUGAUACAGUGUUAAAAGAAAAUAAAUUACAAUUGAUCUGUCAUCCAUAUUUGCUAAGAAUGUCUAUU